CAGUCGUAGUCUCGCUCGCUCGUCGCCCCUUCGGCCUCCGGCCUCGCGCAGUGGCAAAGAACGCGUUCAAAGCGUGUGUUCGACUUUCUGGUAGCGACAAACGCUACAGCGUGUCUUUAAUCAUUGAUGCAAAAGUUCCACGAUGGUUGAUCACAACGAAAAAAUAUUACAGGAAUUGCUUAAGAAACCCGGAAAUCAAGUGUGUGCAGAUUGUGGUGCCGAGGAUCCAGACUGGGCAUCAUACAACCUCGGUAUCUUCAUAUGUAUGCGAUGUGCCAGCAUACAUCGUGGUAUGGGCGCUCAUAUUAGUAAGGUCAAACACUUGGAGCUGGACCGAUGGGAGGACUCACAAGUUCAUCGUAUGAAGGAAGUUGGUAAUGUUGCAGCGAGGAACAAGUAUGAGGAUCGGGUACCGCCCUGCUACAGACGACCCGCCAAGAGUGAUCCUCAGGUACUCAUAGAACAGUGGAUUCGUGCUAAAUACGAGCGAGAAGAAUUUUGUCAUCCAGAGCGCCAAAGCUACCUCUCUGGCUCCAUGGAAGGUUUUCUGAUGAAGAGGGGAAAGGAAGACAGCAGAUAUCAACUACGGAAGUUUGUUCUAAAUGAAAACGAGGACACUUUAAAGUAUCAGCGCCCUACUGACGCUUGUUCUGGUGCAACGGGUUGUCUUGGCCGUUUAUUCAAUCGGCUACGACUCAAAAACUAUCGUUUGAGGUACCACGUAAAAGAAAACAAGGAACCCAAGGGAAUCCUAAAGUUGUCUGAACUAAAUGUUUCUUUCGCCCCAGCGAAGAUUGGUCACAUGAAUUCUAUGCAGCUCACAUUUAUGAAGGACGGCUCAACUCGACACAUCUACGUGUAUCAUGAGGAUGCCGAAGUUAUUAAUUGCUGGUACACAGCCAUCCGAUGCGCUAAACUCCACCUUUUACAAGUGGCUUUUCCCUCAACACCACAAUCAGACCUGCUACUACGUCUACCGAAAGACUUCGCUCGUGAAGGCUGGCUUUGGAAGACCGGACCCAGGACUUCAGAUGUCCAUAGAAGAAGAUGGUUCACGUUGGACAACAGGAAACUGAUGUACCACGACGAACCACUAGACGCCUACCCGAAGGGAGAGAUAUUUAUCGGUCACGAGUCAACUGGGUACCACAUCAAAGUAUCGAACACAGGAAACGGUUGUAAAGAGGCGAGGUUCCCCUUCUAUCUGGUGACUCCAGAGCGGACAUUCUGCCUUGCUGCAGCCACUCAUGAGGACCGGGCUGGCUGGUUAACGGUCAUCCAACAUACGCUUAAACGGCCCCUCACACCUCAGGAUUCUACCAUUGAGGCAACAUUGGUAAGAAAAAGGACGACAUCGAACUCUAUCAGCAUAUUUUCAGGAAGGUAGUUAUGUUGUACGAAACUUAAUACGUAUAAGCAAUACUUUAGUGGUUGUAGACAGCCGGAAUAAUUAAGCAAUAAUUUGAUUUUUAAAACUAACGUUUCUGGCAACUUUUAUAUACCGUACGACAGACACCUGAUAUCGUACGACAGAUUAUAUUUGUCGUAUCCAUAAGACUUAUCGACAUAAUUUAAUUUACGAGAUAGAAUAUUUAUUCCGGUAUUGUUUUUACAUUUGUAAAUAAUUUCACAGUAUGAAUUUAUAACGUUAAUAUUAAUUUAUAAUGAAAUGUUGUAAAUUAUUUUAUGUGUAAUUUAGUGACGGACUGAAUCUACUGAGUUUUAUGUAUGGUUUGUAUAGUUUUUAUUUAGAUUUACAGAAUUAAUACGAUUCGUUUUACUAUAUUGUACUUGGAAAUGUCAAUAGCAUAUACAUAAUAAGUUAUAUAAUUAAUACAGAAUAAUAGUUUCUUGUUUUUGAAGUUAUACUUCUUUAGGCGCGUUAUGAAAAAUUGAUGAUAGUGAAGUUUUACGAUGCGC